AGAGGAACAACGAUGAUCUCUUGCAGCUCGGGCAAACGAAAGAAGAUGAUUCAUGGGUGUGAGAAUCAAGACCCUGAACAAAACCCUAAUCGUGAUGCUUGUUCUCCAAGUUUGUGCCAUAUAGAGUCCAAGAGGCGUGGACAAAUGGUAAUUUCCAACACGGUAAGAAGAAGAAAGGCCCCUGUCAGAAGAAGAAAGGCCCCGGUUAGAGAAAGAGAGGCGGUGUUUCAAGAGAGAGGUAGGACGCCGGAAUGGCUGGUUAACGUAAUGAGAGAAAAGAAUGGUACGGACGAGAAGAUGAUAAUGAGGGAGAAGGUUCUUAAAGAGAGUGAUGUCAACAAACACGAGGCACGUCUCUUGAUUCCCUGGAACGACAUAGUGGAUAUGGACUUUAUGAACGAGGAGGAGUUGGAAAUCGUAGACAAACAUCACAGAAAAGAGACUAAAAAAGAAUUAGAUUUUACCUUGGUGGGUUUGAAUUGUCAAACAUGGGAUCUUAACCUUAGGAGAUGGGAUAUGAGUUCCACUUCCAGCUACGUCUUGGUUUCAGGGUGGAGAAAGGUCGUCUUCAGUCCCGUUAAAAGGCUGAGGAGAGGCCAGAGGUUUCAGAUUUGGUCCUUCCGAUCCGCUCCCCAGGCAAGCUUAUAUUGCUCUCGUUCCUCCGGAACCAGCUCCAGCUCUGGCUAUGGCUCUUGGUCCGGCUCCAGAUCGUGCUCCAUCUUCAACUCCGGCUCCGUUAAAGAUUGCGAGGGACUAAAUUUAUUGGCUGAGGUAUGCGAGGAUACGACUUGUCAUGAGGCUGUACAAGUGGCAAAUGAGGGGAGCUCACUG